CAGAACAUCGGCGCGCAGGGUUUUGAAACUUUUUCAUCUAUUUGGAGAUGCUACUUUCGUUUUUAAGUUUGUACUGAGUUUAAUAAUCGAAUUCAUCCUAUGCUUUAAAAUACCCAGCAACCAUAGAUGGAGGAUUAUCUUCCAAGAGUUGAAGUUCGUGUAAUAGAUGAUGAAAAGGGUAAAGGACUCUUUGCGUUGCGUAAAUUUAAUAAGGGCGAUGUGAUUUUUGAAGAGCGUCCUUUGGUAUGUGCUCAGUUUUUAUGGAAUCAAGCUUAUGGUUACCUUGCCUGUGAUUAUUGUAUGAGACCUUUGGAAACUGCUGAAGAAAAUGUUAGAAGACUAACUGGAGUUCCUGACUUGAUUCUGCCAUAUCCUGAAUGCUGUGCUACUAAAAAAGAUGAAUAUAUUGAAUGCCCAUAUUGUGAGGUUUGUUAUUGUGGUUAUUCUUGCCGGGAACAAGCUUGGGAGCAGUAUCAUCAAGUUCUUUGCACAUCAUCUCUGGUAGGAAAUACUAAACAUCCUCUUGAUCAGCUUCAAGAUGCUUGGAGGGAGAUGCAUUAUCCUCCAGAAACAGCUAGUAUAAUGCUGAUUGCCAGAAUGAUAGCAACAGUAAAGCAGGCCAAGGAUAAAGCAGGUGCUGCUCAUUUAUUUUCUCAGUUUUGUCAUAAGACCAGGAGUAAGAAUGGGGAUAUAUCACACAAAUUGCUGGGCAAGCAGUUUCAAGCUCAAGUAGAACAUUUACGUCAGUUGAUCAUAAAGGGACUGCAAGAUGAAGAUUUAUUACCAUGGUUUACUGCUGAUGGUUUUAGAUCAUUGAUUGCAUUAGUUGGUACCAAUGGGCAAGGUAUUGGAACAAGUGCAUUUGGAGUUUGGGUAAAGAACUGUGACUCCUUAGAUUUAUCUACUGAAGAGAAAGAAAAGUUGAAUGUAUUUAUUCAUGAUCUUUAUGAAAAUAUUGAGAAAGAAACUGGUCCAUUUUUAAAUAAUGAAGGUUCGGGUCUCUAUCCCCUACAGAGUGCUUGUAACCAUAGUUGUGUACCAAAUGCUGAAGCUACAUUUCCUUACAACAAUUUUACUUUAGUGAUGGAAGCAAUAAGAGAGAUUCAACCUGGGGAGGAAAUCAUUGUUUGCUACCUUGAUGAAUGCAACAGAAAUCGAAGUAGACAUAGCCGAAUAAAACUUCUAAGGGAGAACUAUUUAUUUACUUGUACAUGCCCAAAGUGUGAGAGUCAAAUCGGCGAUGAAGAUGUUACUAGUGAAAGUGAAGCAGAAGCAGAGAUUAAGAAUUUGAAGACAAAUUCUGGAGCCAAUGUCUUUAUUUUGAAGGAUAUUGUCAUCAGGAUUAUACAAUGAGAAAACAUGCUAUCACUCAUGAAUAUAAAUCCAUGGCCAGUAACAUUUAAAAGGCUCAAGAAUUUUGUCUAUUUUUGAAAAGCAGUAGUCUCUGUUUCAAAUGUGCAUUGGUUUGCACAAAAGGCCAGCACGACGUUUAUGCAACACCAUGACUCCCUUAAAGGAAAAUUGUCUUUUCAUGCUGUUUCUCUUUUGAAAUUUAUUCCUGUGCACCUUUUUAUAUCGUUAUAUCAUAAAAAUCAGUUUACAGGUCAG